UCCGAGAUUUUAAUGGUGGUCUAACUUCCCAGUGAAGAAACUCUCCAGCAAUCUACAGAAUGACACGGCAACUAUCUUAUUCCUCUCUUCUCACCUCCUCCAUAUCCCAUCCCCUGCUAAAUCCAAACCACAUUUCUUGUAUAUGCCCCCUUCUCUCCACUGAUACUCCCCUGGGAGAAGACUUCAUCACUUCCUGCUUGGACUAUAAAGCGCACUGGUGAGCCAAGUAUCUCCCCAUUCAGCUGUCAAAUUAAUCUUUCUAAAGUGAAAAUCUGACCAUGUCACCUCCCCAAAUUCAAUUAACUCCAGUGGCUUCCUAUCACUUCCAAGAUCAACCAUAAAACGCUCUGUUAGGUUUAGCCCUUCAUAACCCGACCCAGCCUGCUACCUCCUCACUGAUGUCCUUACAUCUUGCUCCCCUCCCCAGGAUUCACUCAGCACAGUGCUUGGCAGACUGCAGCAGCUCAACAAUAAGCGCUUAGGCUGCCGAACUCGCCCCCACUUCGGUCACACAGCCUAGGCGUCAGAGGUGAUAGAGAAAGCCAAAUUUCUCUCAUCACAUCCCCCCGCCACUCUGCUUCAAUGUUUGUGAGUCCAGAGGAGAACUGGUCCAGUCAAAUACAUUAACGUAACAAAACACUGGAAAAGGAAUAAGAGGAAUACAAGGAAACCUGCAAAGAUGUUUAUGAAGUAAUGCAAGACAGAAAAAAGCAGCGCCAAGGGAAUGGCGGCGGGGGCGGAGCACAGUUCGCUCGGAGAAGGAAGGCUUUGAAAGGCAGGGGCGCUGCUGCUGCGGAGGCUGCUGGUGCUGCUGCGCCGCAGAGGCCCCUCCCCUCACUGCCCUCCCUCCCGCGGCCGAGGAUCCCGCGGCGCUCCCCGGGACAGUAGCUCGGCCCAAAGAGCCGCUACGCAGCGCUGCGCUGCCACCGCCGCCACGGGGUCCUCCCGUAUCCCAGCAGCCAGCGCAGCCCCAGUCGGUGACAAAGGACUGGGGGGGAAGCGUCGUAGUCCCCGCGCUCGCAGGGGGUGGGACCGAGCCCGAGGAGCCGCGUUCGGUCCGUCGUCUAGGAAGACUGGAAAAAUGCUUUGGGGUUUUUAACUGAAUCGGAGAAGGGAAUCGCGAGUGGCGGCGAGCCGCGGGAGGGCGGCGGCGGCCCGGAGGCUCCGCGCCAAUGCAGCAGCCACCACGGCAGCUCGAGUUAGGGGAAGGCAAUCUUCCCGUGUUCGUGUUUCCAACGGAGCUUAUCUUUUAUGCAGACGACCAGUCCACCCACAAGCAGGUGCUGACUCUGUAUAAUCCCUACGAGUUUGCCUUGAAGUUCAAAGUGCUGUGCACCACCCCCAACAAGUACGUGGUUGUGGACGCCGCGGGUGCAGUGAAGCCUCAGUGCUGCGUGGACAUCGUCAUUCGUCAUAGAGAUGUCCGGCCCUGUCACUAUGAUGUAAUAGACAAAUUCCGUCUACAAGUUUCCGAACAAAGCCAGAGGAAGGCUUUAGGACGCAAAGAGAUUAUUGCGACCCUUCUGCCGUCGGCCAAGGAGCAACGAAAGGAAGAAGAGGAAAAAAGGAUAAAGGAACACUUAGCAGAAAGUGUGUUUUUUGAGCAGAUGCUGUCUCAAACGGAAAACAGGGCUGUUUCAUCUGGACCUAGUUUAUUAACUGUCUUCCUGGGAAUAGUGUGCAUUGCAGCUCUUAUGCUUCCCACACUGGGAGAAGUGGAAUCUCUAGUGCCUCACUACUUUCAUUUAAGUGUGAAUCAAAAAUUAGUAGCUGCUUAUGUUUUAGGUCUUAUCACUAUGGUUAUUCUUAGAAUAUGAGCAAGGACUGAAAUUUGCAGAAAUCAUUUCAACUUCACAUCAUCAUGAAUGUGGACUGCCUUUUAUUCCCUCUUGACUCCAUGCUACAGAAAAAUAUGGGUGAUUUGAAAUAUUUGCAAAUGUGUAAUAUAUGUAUAUAUCUUUAACUGACGUAUAACUAUUUGAAGGAUGCCAGCAACUUGUGCUCAUGUUACAGAUAGUUAUAAUCGUUUGUUGAAUGAAUCCUAUAAAAUUAUCUGAGAAAAAUUUUAUAAUUGUUGGGGGGAACUAAAAUAACAUUUGCUUUAAAAAAAAGUGAGAAUAAGCUAGGAACCAUGAAUGGUGCUGCAAAGAAGAAAAUUUAGCCUUAAUGUUGGGAAAUAUUUCUUUAAAAUUAGGGCUGUCCAAAAGUGGAAAGGGUUAUUGCUCUCAAGGCUGGAUGACCAUUUGCUUAAUAAAUUAAGUGAAGGCAGUUUUUUUUUGUAUAGGUUGACCAUUAAGGUCCUUGAAACUUUGAGAUAAUGUAGUAGUUUUGGUGGUAACUUAAAGAGAGGAAAUGCUGUGAUAGUUAACAUUAAAAUUUAACUUAAAUGUAAAUUGUUAUUAAGCAAGUAUGGUUGUUGUACUGGUGUUUAAUGUUAAGUUUCUAACACGGCAGUUUUUUAAGCAACACUGGGAAUUAGGGAGAAGCAAAAAGCACUCUUUUUGAUUUUCAUUUCAGGUAUGGAAAAAGUACUGGGGGAAAACAGAAAAAGCACUGAGCUAGGCUUCAAGAACCAGAGUUCCAAGUCCUGACUCAGUCACUACCUCAAUCUGUGACUAUAGUAGGCAAGUGAUUUCCCCUCUGAAUUUCAAUUUCUUUACCGGUAAAAGAGGAAAUUGGAGUAAAUUUCUGAGAUGACUCCUAGUUCUAAAGUUCUAUGAUUUUAAUGUUCAAAGCAAUAAAAUGUGAGUAAAUAA